AUGGAAGCUACAGUUGAGAACUUUCGGCGACUUUUGCUGCUGAUUCCGCAAGAGUUUGAGUAUGACCAUCGACGAAUCAAGCAGAUUAGAACAUGUUUACGAGACUUUUUGUUCAAAGUCGCCACCGUAAACGGGAAAUACAUGGAUUGGAUCAGUGAUAAUGGUAUUCCAGCAAAGGAUAUCAAGCCUGAGGACUGGAUAGCGCAUGAGAAAACACACAGCCACUAUGGAAGGCCCUGCGUGCGAAAGUUAAGAAGGGGUGAACCUACGUUCAGAUGUCUGACCUGUGGCCUUGACGAAACAUGUGUUUUAUGCAAAUUCUGCUUCAACGAGGCAGACCAUGUUGACCACAAUGUUUUCGUUAAAAUUGGGCAUCGAGACGACGGCGGCAUCUGUGACUGUGGUGACCAAGAAGCCUGGAAGGCCAAACUCCAUUGCAAGGCAGAACAGGAGCUAGAUUCCUUUCAGCAGGUACCUGACGAGUUGGCACACUCUCUGCUUGAGUGUUUCAGUAUUGCACUGGAUUUUGUUAUUGAUGUGUUCAGCUCUGCGCACCCGUCUCUCCAGUUUUACAAUACCGCGGAACAAGUUUAUGCAAACGAGCGCGAUGCCGAAUUGGACGAGGAGGUUUAUGGUAUGAAGGAUACUCAGACAAACAAAUACGUACUUUCGCUAUGGAACGACGAUCGAAGAUCUGUCCAGGAUGCUGUGCUGGCAAUUCGUGUGGCCACUGGCCGCCCUCAUGAUUUUGGCUGCAUGGUCGCAAACGAAGUCGAUGGCCAUGGUCGGGCAAGGCUAGCCGUUUCGUCUGAUUGCAAUCGAUUGAUUUUACAGAAAUCAACUAUAAAACUCUUCACUUCAACAAUUCGAAGUGUUCGUGAUUUCAUUCGGGAAGAAAUGUCAGAUGAGAUUAUUCGCUGGUUGAACGAUAUCAGUCAAGCUCAAUUACGCAACUGCGAUCCGACCCUUUUAACGAGAUUAGUCGGUGAGGCUCUCGCCAAUCCCUGGAGGGUAGGAAACAAGUAUAUACGCUCAGAAGCCGGCUCUGAGGGUCCACUACCAUCAGGUAUCGUUGACUUCCCCGUUUCAGUUUUGAAACCUGACUACGCGCUCCCGAUUUGGCGACAUGCUCUACUGAAUGGCCAAAAUGUACCGACCGUUGAUACUUUACCGCAUGUGAAUAUCAAUAUUCCUGUUCAGGAUGAAUCAUCUGAGAUGACUUUAAGAACAAUGUCUUACGGUGCUCUCCAGUCUCUUCAGUCUAUUGAUACACUUGAAAUGAGUGAUAAUAUGAUACCAUAUUCACCAAUAUGGCAUGAUACCCCUAAGUGUAUUUCCGAGCCUGGCCCUGAUGCGAGAGUGAAGUAUCUUCUAUUUUUCGAUGUAAGACUUUGGAAAACACUUCGAUCAGUUCUAUGUGAUCUCUACCUGACGAGCAUGGUUUCUAAUGCCGAACUCAAGGCCAAGCUGGGUGCUAUUUAUGCAGGCAUUUAUCCUGUUAUUGCUGAGCUUUAUGUUAUGACUGAUCGCGAGCCAGAAGUCUCGAUAAUCACAUCUUUGAGUACGCAGCUAUUCACCACACCUUCUAUCGCCACAGAGCUUUCUGUUGGCUCUCAUUUUUCACGCUACUUUGCUGCACUGUUUACUUUAUUUGACAAGAACCAGGUCGCAUCUGCGUCGACUAUCACCACUGACGCUAGACUCCAGAUCCAAUCGCCCAUUUUCAGAAACCGGCGACUCGGACAGCUCUUCCAUGAAAUCGAAUUUUUACUCAACCGAAACACGAACAAGGUGGCUGUGGUUGGUAGCCCAUAUCGGAUGCGUCAGGCGGCAGAUUUCUUGUCUCUUUUCCAGAGCUUGACACCCAUGAUAAGACAGCUGGACACCCAUGUCGAGUACGAAAAUGAGACAUGGGUCUAUUUCUUUACCACUAUGCCUUUUGUACAUCAGCUGGCAAAUGCAAUUGCCAGUGGUGCAUUGGAGUGCACUUUCGACCAAGUACGUGAGAGCAUCUCUUGUAUAUCUGCUUUAAUGAUUAGAUGGUCUUACAGAACCAUCGUCAAGGUCCUCAUUGAAAGCAAAGUGUUUGAAUACAAUUCGUUGAUGGCGCAGUAUGGCGGUAAAGAUAUUCUAUGCAACUACAACGCUAUUACUGUGGAUCGUCAUCCGGUGAGUUUGCACCACCCAGUCCAUGUUUUCCUGUCUUGGUUUAUUGAAUAUUCGAGAGUGCCCACUUUAGCUGAUUUGAGGGAUGUUUUGUUCUCUCAAGUGGACAACAUCAAAAAAGAAAUUCGCACUGAUGUGCCAGCAGGUCUUUUAGAAGCUCUUGUUUUCGACAGCAGCAUUCGGACCAUGGGCCUUUUGUCACAAAUUCAUGUGGGGCUAUGGGUUCGGAAUGGAUACGCUGUACGAAGUCAGCUUACGCAUUAUCGUGAAACAACUCUAAGAGAUCUAGCCUAUUCACGGGACAUUUUCAUGACCCAGGUUGCGCUUGUAAGCUUGGAGCCUAACGCUGCAUUUGUCCAGCUACUGCAACGAUACAAUAUGAUCGAUUGGAGAAACGAUUCCUUAUUUGACGAAGAUCAGCGGUAUUAUAUGCUCGAAGAGUUCCUACACCUUUUGACGUUCCUUCUAACUGACCGUCUUCAUCUGCUUGGAUUAGAUGAAAUCACUCUUAAAGAGCGCUUGUUCGAGAGGGAAAUUAUCCAGUGUCUCACCUUCCAUGCGAUGAGUUUCAGCGAAAUGACAAAGACCAUUCCUGAAAGCAUGUUGGUCUGCGAAGACCUUUUUGAACUCGUUUUGAAACGCUGUGCAGAUUUCGUUCCACCCAAGGGAGUUCGGGAUGUCGGUGUAUACACUUUGAAACCAGAGUACCUCCAAAAGUUCGACACGCAUUACACGCAUUUCUCACAGGCAAAGAUGGAUGAUGCAGAGCAGCGCAUCGUCGAGAAGCUCUCUCUUCUGACGGGUGUUCCCAAAGCGCAAAUCGUUCAUUUACCGCCACUAGAAAAGCUAUCCGAACCCUGGUGUCACCUAGGUGGAUUUACAAAAACUGUGGUGUUUGCGAGGUUCAUGUACGACCUGUUUGAGCCUUUCACCGAAGAGAAGGUUUCUGAAGAUCCGGAGCGAUCUGCGUCUGGAGACAGCUCGAAGAAAUCAAAAAGUGCUGCUGCAAGAGACCACUCAGAAACCGUUGUUGGAAAAGCAUUAUACCUUUUACUUGUGGCUGCCCAAGAUGAUCUGGAUACUUCUGGUGAAAUCGAAAACAAUGAUGAAAUGUUCCCUAGUAUUUCAGCGUGGGCCAGCGUUCCAAAUGAGCGGGGAGGUGCUUCUUUCAUCGAUCUUCUCCAGAGGUUGCUUCAGAAAUCUCAGUAUCAUACACUUCACCCUCGUAUCCAGCGCUUGUUCCAGCUUUUACACCAGAAGAGCCCUCUCAACAUACCGAGCAUCUCGGCCAGUGUUAACGAUUCAGGCGAGAGUGAGGCGGAGCGGAAAAAACGAAAAGGCAAAGAGAUGCGUGCUAAAGCUAUGGAGGAGCUCCGUCGCCAACAAGCCUUGUUUUCAAUGCAGACCCUUGAAAAUAUGGAUGACGGUGAUGAUGACGACUUGGGUGACGACAGUGAAAUGGCAAUGGCAGAGGAUGGCUCUCAAGAUGGUGUUGCGUGGGAAUAUCCGACCAGUCAGUGUGUACUUUGUCAACUUCCGGAUAAUGAAGACUCAAUUUUCGGUAUAAUGACUUACAUCACGGAUUCAAGGACCGCUCGCACUCAGCCGCUUGAAGACGAGUACUGGCUUGGCCAAGCUUAUUCGGCGGAUACGUCAAGCUUAGAUACCAAACAGAAUACUCCCUCACCUGCUAUUCAAACACGACGUUGGAAGGAGAUCCAGGGCCAGUAUGUGGAAAAAAUAAUUGGUCCUGCUUUUCCUAACGAGCAUUCGGAUAUCUCACAGAUAGUGACGGGGUGUGGCCAUGGUGUUCAUUUCAAAUGUUACCAAGAGCAUAUUCAGCAACAAAGACAACGCCCUGGUUUGACUAGAGCGACACCAGAGAAUGUGUCAAAAGUCGAAUAUUUGUGUGCUCUUUGCCGAGGCCUGAAUAACGCGUUUAUGCCUGUAAUGUGGAAACCGAAUCGAUUGAGUGCCCACCAGUAUCUUCAGCUUUCUCAUUCAGUGCAUGACGCUUUUAGUAAAGUUCUUCGUAUGGAAGAGGGGCAGUUACCACCAGGAAGCUUGAUUGAUGUGAUAAAGCAUUCCUUCAAGGAGUUGCAACCAAGAUUUGUUGAGGCGUUUGCAGAAUCCCAAGGAUUUGAUUAUAGCUUCAGCCAUGAAGUCCAUGCAGCUGUGCUUGUUUCCAUUAUGAGACUAACGUCUAACCAACCAAAACCCACCACCUCUAUGGGAACCAACAGGAUUUUGACGCGGGCGUACAGCGCAACAGUUGCCAGUAUGGAGAUUGCUCUGCGCGGUGUUUCAUACGAGAGCUCGGAGGGAGGUCUUGUCAUCGAUCAAUUGUCGCAACAGUCUCUUCAAUUUUUGCGUGUAUUGACGCAGUUUCUUCGCAACAUGCUUGGCGUGUCAAUCAAACGGCAGCUUGACAACGAGCCUGCUAAUUCGGAAUUCCAAAAGAGCUACCCGCUUUUUGUGGGGUAUAAACACAAUGAUUUUGAGGUAGCUCCUUUUGAUACUUUUGUUGAAUCCUUGUUUAUUGCUGGUCCAAUGUUUGAUCUGGAGCCCUCGGCUUUGCUCAGAAUUUAUGAGUCAAGUCUUAUCUGGCAAUUCAUUCGUUGGGUCAGAAAUGUACCCAGCCUUGAUGUGGUAUCAGCUCCGGCAACAAACUGUCAAAUUGAAGGAUUACUCGCGAGCAUGACUCCUCAUAACCCCCGAGUGGUUUACGCAAUGUUGGAUAGGCACGUUACAGUCGGUUUACGUCGGGCAGCGUUGGUAAUCCAUGGCUUGUGUGGAGUUUACGAUCCUAAUGAGUAUAAUGGCAUAAUGCACUUUCCUGAGAGCGAGCGUUUAUCCAAGUUCCUGCUUCUACCGGAAUUGCAGAGCGCAAUUAUUGAACAAAUGCGUCCGGAAUACGGACCACUGUGGGAAGAUAUUAAGCUUGUUCCACCACCCUUUGGUGGCCUACACCAGUUGAUUCAAUUACCUGAAAGACUGGAUAUGUUUUUCAACGAUCCGGAGCAUACUGAGUUACCAAGCGAUCCUACUGUCUGCCUGUUCUGUGGAGCAAUUAUGGGUGUACAGACCUUUGAGCGCGACCGAGGCCCCUGUAAUCGCCAUAUUGCCCAGUGCAUGGAGGUUUACGGUAUGUUCCUGCAGCCUAAGCGAAACAUGCUUCUCUAUCUUCUACCUGACCAACGCGGAAGCUUUACCGAGGCGCCGUAUCUUGACCUUCACGGAGAAGUGGACGAACAUAUGCGCCGUGGCAGGCCGCACUAUCUGCAAGUGUCAAGAUACGAUAAUAUCACGAGGACGAUUUGGCUCGAAAAUGGUAUUGCAUCGUUCAUUGCCCGAAAACUUGAUGCCACCACCAAUCAAGGCGGCUGGGAAACUUUGUAG